AUGUCCGCCCUUUGCAUCCGCGCCAUGGCUGGGCACAUGAACUGUGCGGCACAGGGCACAUGGCGGAGGGCUGCCACGGCGUUUGGCCGACAAGCGGCGCAGCACUGGCCCCGCAGCUUGGAGAGGCAAAGUGGCGACACCUGGCGCAUUGCGCCCACGCGACAACUGGCCUGUGCGCCGCCCAAGCUCAGACCAUCGGAUGAUGGGGCCCUGCCAAAGCUGCUCGAAGAAGUGCAGGUGCCCAGACAGAUUCUGCCAGGUGCCAAUGCAAGUACAGCAAGUCUGUGCGUUUGCGGCAGGGCACCACCCUCUUUCGGGUGGCCGAAGGAUGUCAGGCCCUCCCACUGCGCCAGAUGCAAAUCCGAGGGUAUGGUGCGGCUUCAGGGUCCCAAGUGCAGAUGCGGUAGAGCAUGGCCAGUCUUCGGGGUGCCAGGUGAUGCCAGGCCAACCUGUUGCAGCAAGUGUAAAGCUGGUGGCAUGGUGGAUAUCAAGAAUCGAAAAUGCCAAUGCGGAAAAUGCCAGCCACAUUUUGGCUUUCCCGACGAUGCUCGGCCUAUAUGCUGCAGUCGCUGCAAAGCUGAAGGCAUGGUAGACAUCAGAAGCCGAAAAUGCGAGUGCGGCAAGGCUCGGCCUGGUUUUGGAUAUGCUGGUGAUGCCCGUGCCACCUGCUGCUGCCAGUGCAAGUAUGAUGGCAUGGUAGAUAUCCGAAGCCUUAAGUGCAAAUGCGGUAAAGCCCAGCCUUCUUUUGGCUUCAUCGAUGAUGUGCGACCUACUUGCUGCAAGCAGUGUAUGGCAGCUGGGAUGGUGGACAUCAAAAGUCCCAGAUGCAAGAUGUGUAACAAGCAAGCCUCCUAUCCAGAUGAAGCUGGCCGGCCAAAGCAGCUUUGCGCGGCUCAUUCAGCCGAAGUGGGAGCUCAUGUGCUGUCCUCGCCCCGUCGAUCCCGGAUGGCUAGUGAGUGCUUUGAUGCUUUGGAGGCCGAGUGGGGCCGCAAGCUGUCCUUCCGCUACAGAUUCGACAUCAAGACGAGCUCCUGGUCAGGUGCGGAGUUUGUAGGGCUGGUGCCAAGUCGCAACGUGAAGCCAGACGCCUACGACCCAGAGGCCCGCAAAGUGGUCGAGUUUCUUGGGAACUACUACCACGGGUGCCCCCCAGAUCAUCCACAGCAAUUCAGAUUGAUGGUAUGUUUUGAGCCGACUGUCUUGACCUGUCCCAGAGUGGCUCUUGUUUAG